AUGGCAGUAACAAGAGGCAGGCGAGUGCUGAAAUUCCUGGGCCAGGGCCAGGCUCUAUCAGAAAGGACCAUCUCAAGAGGCUUUUCAAUGGAAGGCAGUGAGGAGGGCUCAGCCCACAUGUGGAAGAUGCUCACUUGCUAUGUUGCACUACCCAGUGUGGUGGUCAGUAUGCUGAACUGCUACAUGAAAUCGAAGAAUCACCAGAAGAAACCCAAGUUCAUCCCCUACAGCCACCUCCGAAUCCGGACUAAGCCCUUCCCCUGGGGAGAUGGUAACCACACUCUUUUUCAUAACCGCCAAGUCAAUCCUCUGCCAACCGGUUAUGAAGAUGAUUAA